CGCGCCGCCGCCGCCAUGGGAGCGAGCGCGAACGGCGCCGCGCUGCCCGAGCGCCUCCGCCUGCCCGUCUGCUUCCUGGGCGUCUUCGCCUGCUACUUCUACUACGGCAUCCUGCAGGAGAGCAUCACGCGGGGACGGUACGGGGAAGGCGCCAAGCAGGAGAAGUUCAAGUACGCCCUGACCCUGGUGUUCAUCCAGUGCGUGAUCAACGCCGCCUUCGCCAAGCUCCUCAUCCAUUUUUUCGAUGCCGUCAAAGCGGAUCGCACGCGGAGCUGGCUGUACGCCGCCUGCUCGCUCUCCUAUCUGGGCGCGAUGGUUUCCAGCAACUCGGCUCUGCAGUUCGUCAGCUACCCGACUCAGGUCCUAGGCAAAUCCUGUAAGCCCAUUCCAGUCAUGCUUUUAGGAGUGACUUUGCUGCGGAAGAAGUAUCCCCCGGCCAAGUAUCUCUGCGUCCUCUUGAUAGUCGCAGGCGUGGCCCUGUUUCUGUACAAACCUAAAAAGGGGGCUGGGAGCGAUGACCACGUCUUUGGCUAUGGAGAACUCCUUCUGCUGCUGUCACUGACCUUGGAUGGGCUGACGGGUGUAUCUCAGGACCACAUGAGAGCUCACUACCAAACGGGUUCCAAUCACAUGAUGCUGAACGUUAAUCUAUGGUCCACCUUGUUCCUGGGGGCUGGGAUACUGUUCACCGGCGAGCUCUGGGAGUUCUUGAGUUUUACGGAACGCUACCCCAGCAUCAUUUACAAUAUCUUACUGUUUGGCCUGACAAGUGCGCUGGGUCAGAGUUUUAUUUUCAUGACUGUGGUAUACUUCGGACCUCUGACUUGUUCCAUCAUCACCACAACCCGCAAGUUCUUCACCAUUUUAGCGUCCGUCAUUCUAUUUGCCAAUCCCAUCAGUACAAUGCAGUGGGUGGGGACAGUCCUGGUGUUCUUGGGCCUUGGACUUGAUGCCAAAUUUGGAAAGGGAGUAAAGAAAACAUCACAUUGAGGAAAUGGUUGAUUGAUGUCUGCAGUUGGAAUGAACUUUUAAUUUAUUGUCUUGUACCUCAAAAUCUGUUAUGAAACUGGACUCAGGAUAGGUAAUCAGAAGGGGAGUGUUUGGAUUUUUUUUGUUUUAGUUUUUUAAUUCUAAAUUGUCUUAAAAGUGUAAUACUUUAGUUUUAAUUGUAAUUAAGCUUUUUUUUUUUUUUCUGUAAUCAAACCUGCAUUACUAGAUCCUAGCAGCAGGAUGAAAUUCUUGCCUUAACAGGAAAAAAAUCUUCGUAUCUUUAUUAAAGAAAAAGUGACAAUGGCCACUUUUCCAGAACUUUAAUUUCAGUAUCGUUGGCUGAUCUUGGGGAGAAACAGCACACUCUCUCCAAGGAGAGGGCUAGUCUUAGAAUUAUGUUAGUUCUUUGGUGUGGCCUGGAAAGAUCCCUGGAUUAAAGGCCUGUGUUGAAGACAAGCCCCUCUUCUGAUUGAUGAUAUGAUUUUUCCAUAACUGAGUUGAUGGAGCAGCCAGUUGGAUGCUCUUCCAUUAAGAUAAUAUGAGUAAACAUUGAGAUGCAUUCUGUCCUUCAUACGAGCCCUUCUAAAACGGAAGCAACUCUUGCCAUAUGUAAAAGUUUACAGGAAACCUGUUUAACCAGUGGGGCCCAAAUUAAUUCUUUUCAUCCCCCCUGCUGAUGAAGGAACAGGACCCUCUGCUGCUAAAACCUUGCCAGGGUUGUGUGACAACAGCUUCUAAAUGUUGAAAGGGCCCUUGUUAAUUAACCACCAUCACGGUGAGCUUUCCAACGCCCGCUCCUGAGCACAGGCUAGCUCCCCAGUGUUGUAUGGGGAGGAGUUAUUGUCAUAAUGAUGCCUUCAGAAUUGGAGAGCAAAAUUCUCCAAAGAGCAAACUUUACACAU